AUGGAUUCACGCUCGCAUACCCACCACGCCCAAGCACAGCCGAUUCCACAUCAACACCCUCACUCUCACAACUUUGCGCUUCCCUCGCUGUCUCCGACCGACUUCUUCAACGGCCUCGAGCUCCAGCCUGCCUCCGCCAAUAUUCAGCCCGGCCCGCGGUCGUACAAGUCGCGGAAGUAUCGCCCGUGUGACUUUUGCCGCGCCAGACAAGUAGCAUGCAAGAUUGAUAUCACCCCGCCGUGCCAGCUCUGCGCAUCUCAUGGCCGUGAGUGUACCUUUGUGGAACGGCCAAAGAAGAAGAGAAGGCCCAAUGCUACCAAUGGAGAGGGUAGCGCGUCGGUGGCAGGAGGAGGACAGGUGCAAGCUUCAGCACCUCUACAGCAUUUCGAUGUUGGACCCGGCCAAUUGAGUCCAGGUUUCAUAGCGCAGUACAAUCACGAGGCGCCUUACAAUGGGAUGAAUGGAGAGAAUGGUUUGGAUACGCAGUCAUCCCCGAAUCACCUUCAGCAGAUGCAAGAUGGAUCGCCUAUAUACACCAUGGAUCCUUAUCUGCAGAUGAUGUCGGGAGGCGUCAGAAUACGGCCGUUGGAUUCUCAGGCGACGAGGUCUGCUAGGUUUAUAGGGGAAACUGGAGAGUCGAACCCAUAUCUAUUGCGGCACUAUCGAUACGACGAGAAUGAUGAAUGCACAAUAUCCAAGCUUACGUAUCGGCGGAUAAAGAGCUCCAACGCGAAUUCGAUACCGGACGAAAAAGGGGAGCCGCCUGUUGUUUUUAUGCUGGCAGAUGACAGUCUUGCUCAGAAAGGAGAGCCCCGUGUGGAAGAUGAUGUGCUUGUAAGAUGCCGCUCAGACGUGGCAGAAAUGUUCACUGAGCAGGAGGCAUUGAGGUUGAUUGGUCUCUUCGUUCGAUUCGUAUACCCAUAUUUCCCUAUAAUAUCCAAGAGUGAGAUAUGUCCCAAUGGAGGCAUAUCUCCUAGCGUCCUUCAUGUUCUUCCAUUGUCUUUAUUAUCAGCUAUGUACGCAACGGCCUUGCCAUUUAUUAUAUACGACGACCUACUUGCUACGACCAUAGUUCACGCACCUCCUCCCUCACAUACGCUGUUUAGAAUAGCUUGGCUUUCUGUCACACAAGAACUGCAUACUCCAAGGCUAGCUACUUUACAGGCGUGUCUAUUACUUUUACAAAGAGCGCCAACGAAUCGGUACACCACAGACACACCAUGGAAAACGAGUUUAGUUGGAUGGACAGUCAGUUUGGCGCAAACGUUAGGCCUUAUGAGAGAAUGUGGUGAUUGGUCGAGUCUUCCCGCGUGGGAAAUAGCUUUACGAAGAAGAUUGUGGUACGGAGUUUUCAUCAUGGAUAAAUGGGCGUCAUUGGGAGCUGGAAUGCCAAGUCACAUUAGGGUUGACGAUUUCGACGUACUACCCCUCACAGAUGCUGAUCUGGAAGCACCAUCACUGGAUCCGAAUUCAAAUGCGAUACCUGCAUUCUUAGAGCAAGAAGCAGACGCUACCCACUUCAGACUAUUGUCUGAGCUGACCAUGAUAUUAAGCGACAUCAUGGACUCAUAUUUCUCACUCCGCGCAACGCAGCGAACAUCGAAGGACUUUCACCUUUCACUGGAACUCGCUCGUAGUCUUCGACAACGCUUAAAAUCUUGGAAUGAUUCUCUACCGCCAGCUUUAGCCAUUCGUCAACCAGAAAGGGCAGACAACAGGAGUAUGGCCCGGUUAAGUGGGAAUCCAUCACUGUCACUAGCCUACAUUGUUACUCAGAUGACUCUAUUCCGUGCCUUACUACGUCCGCUCGAAAAUCUCGGCCCCCUGGACGAGGAGGACCGUAGAGUCGCUGGAAGUAGAGAAGCCGUCCGAGCCGUCCGUCAAGGCGCCAAAGAAUGCGCAAAGGAAGUCGUUGAAUUCGUAGAGAACCUCAGACAAGGUGCUUUAGACGCGUUUUGGCAUUCUUGGUCCCGAGCAAACUUCGCCAUCGCAUCUUCAUUCCUCAUGCAACUCCUUGUUAUCUGCGAGACGGAAACAGAGUCUAAUGAAAUUAAAGACCUGGUGGCGAGAUGGAGAUGGGCGAUGAGAUUGGGGAGUGGGAGCACCGGGAGUGGACUUAUGAGUUUGGGACUGCUGAGGCUUGAUGGAAUGAUGCUUGAGAAUAAUGGGAAUGCGCAGCAGGUGCAAAUGGGGUCGUGA